GCCAUGACCUCGGGCUACGCGCACGUCCUGGAGCGGCCCGCGGCGCUGGGCGGCCGGCUGGACGGCCCGGGCGGCCUCGACCCGCUGCAGGCCAAGAAGAACUUCUCGGUCAGCCACCUGCUGGACCUGGAGGAGGCGGGCGACAUGGUGGCGGCGCCGGCGGACGAGGGCGCGGGCGAGGCGGGCCGCGGCCUGCUGGAGUCGCCGGGCCUCACCAGCGGCAGCGACACCCCGCAGCAGGACAAUGAUCAGCUGAACUCAGAGGAAAAGAAGAAGAGAAAGCAGCGGAGAAACAGGACCACCUUCAACAGCAGCCAGCUGCAGGCUCUGGAGCGCGUCUUCGAGCGGACACACUACCCGGAUGCGUUUGUGCGGGAAGACCUCGCCCGCCGGGUCAACCUGACUGAGGCCAGAGUGCAGGUGUGGUUUCAGAACCGAAGAGCGAAGUUCCGCAGGAAUGAGCGAGCCAUGCUGGCCAAUAAGAAUGCUUCUCUCCUCAAGUCCUACUCAGGAGACGUGACGGCCGUGGAGCAGCCCAUCGUGCCCCGCCCCGCUCCCCGGCCCACGGAUUACCUCUCGUGGGGGACAGCCUCUCCGUACAGCGCCAUGGCUACUUAUUCUGCCACAUGUGCCAACAAUAGCCCUGCACAGGGCAUCAACAUGGCCAACAGCAUUGCCAACCUGAGACUGAAGGCCAAGGAAUAUAGUUUACAGAGGAACCAAGUGUCAACAGUCAACUGAGGAAAACACAAUGAUUUAACAGGCCUAAGAAGAGAGCACAAACCACGAGACACCUGUCCUGCUCUGUCAUUUCUUCAUCCGCUGGAGGAAAACAAGUAUAAACAAACAAAAGACAGAACUAAAAUAUUGGGACCAUGGCAGAGAAAAGCAGGAGAGGAACAAAAUGAAAAUUAGUUAACAAAUGUACCUCUUCUCUCUGGAACACUACCACCAUUUGUUUCUCUGUGUGUUUAUUUCAUUUUUUCUUUCUAUUUAUGCUUUGCUUCAUAUACUCCAAGCUUCAUCAGUUAGGUCUAGCCCACCCACUCUCAUAAUUUGUAUGAGGUUUAAAACAAUGUGCAGUAGCCAAAGAAAUCCUAUAUAUACAUAUAUCCAUAUUCAAAGCGAUUAACCUGUAAUUUCUCAUCAACCUGUUUGACCUCAGUGCCUUACUCCAUCAUCUUCCCAGUUCCCCCUCAGAACGUUGGAAAAGCCAAAGUCUUUCUGAAGAAUCUAUGCCGGACAUGAUUGUCUUUCUCGUGGUCUCCACGUCUGUGGGUUAUGAGAAGGUUUUCCAAUCAGCUACUAGAAAAAAUAAUUGUGGACAAGUUCUGAUCAUUGGCCUAUUAUUGGAUGGACUGAUCAACCCAAUUGGCUCAAUCUGGCUAAUUCUAAGCUGUAAACUCUACAUCUCGACCACAGAGUUAAGCUCUAAACUGUAGAUAUACUUCACACCUUCCUGCAAACAAUCAGCAGUCUUACGUGAAAAGACUGUUGGUUGUCUUUCAAGGAUUUGCUGUUAAGGGCUAUUUGAUGGAGAAAAUCCUUUUUUUUUUUUUUCACUUGAGAGGGACAGAAAUUUCUUCAGGAAAAUGAAGACUGAAUUGUGAAAUGCAUGGCCUACAUCUCUUUGGUGCCUUCAGUGUAGUCAGACGCACAUUUAUAUAUAUACUGUAUAUAUUUAUAUAUUUUAUAUAUAUAAUAUUGCAAGCUGGGGUUUGCAGUUUCUCAAACAUAGCAAAAAAGCAAAGCUCACACUUCCCCGUCCCCACUGCCACAGCGGUGGGACAUUAAUUAGGCAUCUUGCUUGUUUUCUUUUUCUACACAGAUGUUCUCAUUAAGGUGGUAGAGCAGUUGGCAAGGGUGUUGUUUGAGAACUAGGACUCCUCACCUUAGAGAGUUCAGUCACUAGAAGUUAGGUCUGACUAUUAAGAUGUCCUGGAGGUUGGUGUCAGAACGCUGAUGAAAUGCUGAUCCAUUCCGACCUGGCCAGGGAAUUCCACUUAAGAAGAGGAAAAGAUGUCCAGUCAUCUGCUCUUUCUCCACUCCCUGGAACUGUAACAGACAAAACAUACUAAACAUGUUCAAGUGGAGUACUUAACAGUUGGCUGUAAUUCCCAACAUUUUAAAUACAAUUAUGGACACACACACACACACACACACACACACAUAUACUUAGUAUUUUGAAAUAAAAUUUAGCCUCUGGGGUGAGAGAGCCAGCUGAGACUUCUUUGCUUCUUCUCUCUGUUCCCAGACCUGCUUUCCUAACUUACUUGCCAGGUGCAUUGGAGCAUGCUGUGCCUUAGUUUACCUGUUCAUAAAAGAAGGGCUUGGCAAUUCUUACCUACCUCACAGGGCUGUUGUGAGGCUGUAUUCAUCUUUGCUUUCCUGUGUUCUCGGUGUGGCCAGCACUUUGUAGCCAUGGGAAGAAGGGACUGUAAAGGUGUACAGUGCUAACCAAUGGAAUGAUAGGGUAUCUGGAAGGCUUGUCUUCUAGCAAGGGAAUGCUACAAUGUUGUACAAACUCACAAUCUUGUAUUUGGAAAUGAGAAAUAGGUUUAUAUUUUUAGAUGUCUCAUAAAGUAUGCCAUCUGAUUAAAGAAUAACUAAGGACACACAGAAUAGACACAUUUUUAGCUUAUUCUCAUCCUGACCAGCUUGGUUCUAGUCAUUUCAAUUAUUAGUUGCUAGAAAGCUUUAGGUUGAUUUUGGCUAAAUAUACCAGCUUUGAACUCUGAGUGACAGGCAAGGAAUUUGGGGUGUAAGAUGCACUUUUAAUGACUAUUAGUAUUUCUGAUCAGAUGGAGCUGACAGUAACUUUGUUUUCAAUCUAACAGCUACCAGUCUGAGUAUGUAUUUCUAACGAUUCUGAACUUCUUUCAGUAAUAAGAAGGGCAUCCAUCUUUUGCAUUUAGCUUUCACCACUGACUCUUAUUUUAAUGAAAACAUUUUUUAUGGAGGUUCAUGUAAAACACUGUGCAGCAUGCACUAUUUGCUUCUAAGAAAUCUCCCAUUUGUUGUUCUUUUGUCCCAUUGAUCACUGUGGCUUAUCAGGUUUGGAAGGAACAGUAUAUCCUUGAAGAUCAAAACAUUCUUUGACUUGAGAAGUGAGUGUAAUCCAAACUUUAGGGGGUUGGAGUUUAAAGAGAGGCUUUGGGUUCUGGAGAGCAGGCACAAAUCACACGUGCAAAGGGUUUGCUCAGAAGAGGUGACUCUUAGAAGCAGGAGAGGAAAGGUAGAGGGUCAUGUGAAACAAGUCAUUUGAAACCGUCACAAUGACACCCAUGUCCAGUGGCCAACAGAAAAGUUUGUGCCUAUAAACCCUAACAGUCGGGAAAACCUUCAUCUCGUGCCUUGGACAAGCAAUGUCUGGAAAUUUCUCAGAGCAAUGGUGCUGGCUAGUCACGAGAAUGCUCACUGCUGGUAGGUCAGCGCACGAGCAUCUAUUAUCUGAGCAUGUGAUCAAGAAGUACACAUGGCGUCCUAGCAUUCACUUUGGUCUGCUUAUUAUUGAUCUAGAAACAAGUUGGAUAAGUGAUUUGGAGGAGUCGACUUCUGUCCCUGCAGCCAGGCAGCAGAAGAGGGUCCCAGUGCCCCAGACUGCAGGCACAGCCCUAUUCUUCACCAGCAGCAUUCCCAGAUGCAGAUGAAUACCUAUGAACGAUCUGUGCCCCCAGUUGCUCCCUAAACAUGCUGAUUUGUAGGGCACUUGGCAGAUUAAGCCAGAAGAGGUGACCUAAUUAAAAGAAAAAUGGAAUGAAUAAAGAUCUCGUAAGAAAUGUAAUAUGUAAAUUAUAUCUUGCUUUAUGAUGUAAAAUAUACAUUGUUUGCGCUAGAGUAGAAAUGAUUCCUUUUCAAUAAAAUGAAAGAACAAUGCAGUCA